CUGAUCAAUCAUGUCAAAUGUGUUGUCAAAGUGAAAGCAACUUCAAAAUGUCAACGUGUCCGGAAGGUUAAUUUUCACCAAGAGCAUAAUUGGGGCUCUACUAACUCUAAAUGGCUCCAACUAAGCACCUGGACAUUGACCCGCAGCCCGAGAAGCCCAGGAGCAGCAUCCUGUGCCUGGACAUCACCAAUUUCGGCCAAACAGCCCAAUUUCUCCUCUGCAGUGCGGCGGUAUUUGUCUUCUACCUGCUCUAUGGGUACAUGCAGGAGCUGAUAUUCACCAUCAAGGGCUUCAAGCCCUUCGGGUGGUACCUCACGCUAGUCCAGUUCGGAUUCUAUACGGUUUUCGGCCUCAUUGAAACCAAGAUCCGGGGCAUUCACACGCGCAGGAUUCCCAUCCGGACCUACUCGUUCUUGGCCUUGUUGACAUUGGGCACCAUGGGGCUGUCGAAUUCCUCAUUGGGCUACCUGAAUUAUCCCACUCAGGUGAUUUUUAAAUGCUGCAAACUGAUACCAGUGCUGGCUGGCGGCAUCCUGAUUCAAGGCAAACGGUAUGGCCCUCUGGACUUUUUUGCCGCUGUGUUAAUGUGUGUAGGACUAACUUUAUUCAUUCUGGCUGACUCUCAGGUGCAACCGAACUUCAACAGCACUGGAAUAACCAUGAUUUUCUUGGCCCUACUGUGUGAUGCCAUCAUCGGCAAUGUUCAGGAGAAAAACAUGAAGAGCUAUGGAGCCCCAAAUGCUGAGGUUGUUCUCUACUCGUAUGCCAUGGGGUUUGUGUAUAUCUUCGUAGUGAUGCUGCUCACUGGCGAUUUUGCGGCUGGCGUUCAGUUCUUCGGGCAGCAACCAUAUGUAACGUACGGCUACGCCUUUAUUUUCUCCGUCACUGGAUAUUUGGGCAUCCAAGUGGUCCUCACUCUGGUGAGAACGACUGGAGCCUUCGCUGCUGUGACGGUCACCACCAUGAGGAAAGCGGUGACCAUUGUGAUAUCGUUUGUUUUCUUCAGCAAACCCUUCACCUUGCAGUAUUUUUGGUCGGGCGCCAUAGUGGUGCUGGGCAUCUACCUGAACCUCAUCAGCAAAAAGCACCCGAUGACCAUGGGCGAUUUGGAGGAUUGCUCCGAUAAAAUCCUCAGGCGCUUAAGAACGAAGCUGAUUGCCAAGCAAUACAAUAGUGGCCAAUAUUUGGCCAAUGUAUAGUGUUACAUAGAAUUCGACAAUUAAAACUAUUGACUUUAAA